GGACAAGCAAUUCUCCUUAGGCUUUUACUCAACCCAACGGGAUGGUGAAAGAACAGGAUGCAUGGCUUAUAUUCGAGCUGGCUGGACAGUAAACAAACUGAAUAUCUUGCAUGCAGCACAUUGGCCAGCAGUUCAUCAAAAGAAAACGCUGUCCCUCGCCAAGUCUUCGUUUGCGCAGCCCUUGAAACUCUGCACAGACGAUCGCGCGGAGGGGGCUUUUGCAAUGUUUCAUCUUGUGAGUUGUGUCCAUAGCAUCGCGGCUGGGAGCGGCCAUUUCUGGUGGACACUCUCGCUUUACAAGGACCAUUGUUCAACAUCACCGUUAACGGUCGUUUUUCCUGCUGUCACCGUGUGAGGAAGCAGUGCAUUUCAAGCCAGAGGGUAGUAUUUUGCCUCGGCGAGAAGUAGACAUUGUGAGCUCGUCUAGUUUCCAUUGUUGAGUUAGCUGGACUCGUUGGAGCGACAUGUCGUCAGACAAUAGUCCGACAGAUCUUGCAGGAGUCGUAACUGCUGCCGGUUUGCAGACGGCGAUCUCAAUCGGGCUUUUUAUCGGCUUUUCUUUAUUACGGCCGCGAAAUAAAAUUGUAUACGAACCUCGAUCAAAGUUUGCUCCGGAGCAGAAACGACCACAGCCGCUCAGCGGUAUUCCGACAGCAUGGCUGCGCCCGACGCUCUUUACCAAUGAAAACCAACUUGUCGACAAGAUCGGCCUAGAUGCCGUCAUGUUCCUCCGCUUCAUUCGUCUUUGCUUUCAAUUCUUCCUAGGUCUCACAUGCAUUGGAAUCCCACUUUGUAUCUUCCACUUUUAUGCGCCGAGAUUCACCGGAGGAUCGAACCGCGACAGCGUAAACAGUCCUGAUAAACAAACCGAUCAAAAGUCGCCCCAACUGGCCGCGUUAACUAUCAACAAUGUAUAUCAUGAGUCUUCGUGGUUUUGGAUGCAUGCUGUAUUGGUCUGGGUGUUUAGCAUGUAUGCAUACUAUCUAAUGUACAGACUCUGGAUGGAUUGGAUACGAUUUCGUAGAGAGUUCUUUUUCAGCUCAGAAUUUCAAAGUGCAUUUCAUAAUCGCACGCUAAUUCUGACAAACCUCCCGGACUCGAUGCGCUCACCUCAAGACGUAACCGAGUUCAUGACAUCAUUGAACUUGAAGGACUCGAUUCGCCAGGCCGUAAUCGGACGGGAAGUUGGAGAUUUACCAAAGCUCAUUGAAGAGCACCAAAAAGUCACUGCAAAAUUGGAGGAUGUAUUGGCAAUCUACUUGAAAGACCCGUACCGAGUUCCGACCAAGCGUCCUACCCAUAAAAUCAACAAGAAAUUGCUGAUAUUUGGAGGACAGAAGGUUGACAGUAUUGAAUACUGUAGCGGGAGACUACAUGCGCUGGAGCGCGAAAUCUACGAACUGCGCUCGAAAGGCGAUCAUCACUUCAAGCCAAACGCCAAUGCAUUUGUUUCUUUUCGCAGUGUCCAGGCUGCUCACUCUGCUGCGAUUAAAUUGAAUGGUGUAGCUGCUGUGGCUCUUCGAAGCCGAUCACUUUCACCGCCAUCUGUGAAGCUCAGUCCAGAUUUCGACGAUAUUAUUUGGCAGAAUGUUGGGAUUAGCGCUGCCAUUCGGCAUACUCGCAGACUGAUGGCACUUGGAAUUGUCAUUGCGGUUACGUUAUCUUGGUCUUUUUUGAUCAUCUUCAUCACCGGGCUGGUGAGUUUGGGCACCAUUGAAAAGUACGUCCCAAAGCUAGCGGAAUGGAUUGAAGAGCGGAAAGCUGCAACAGUCAUCCUGACAUCCAUCAUUGCGCCGGUUUUGUUCUCGGUAUUGCAAAUCCUUCCACCGAUCGGAUUCCGGUUCUUGGCGCGCUUCCAAGGCGUGUUGUCCAGCAGUGGCGUAGAGAAGAGCGUAAUGCACAAAGUCUUUGCAUUCCAAGUCUAUCAGUACGCCGCUAUCCUUCUAAUCAAUCUGAGUGCAACAACGAUCGGCUCGAUUCUGAACUUUUCGAACGGGGAUGUCGGAGCGUCGACACGAUCUAUUUUCAACAGUAUCGCCGUCGCAUUCAUUGACAAAUCUUCCUUCUUCAUUGCGAUGAUUGUGACUGGAAUGACGAGCAUCGCGAUUGAACUGAUUCAAGGCGUUCCCUUGGUAUUGGGUUUCAUUAAGCGACAUCUGUUCGCGAACACGCCCCGUAAAGAGUUUGACUACAACCAAGCCCCCGCAUUACCGUAUGGGCCGAUCUACGCGCUCAUUCUCAUCAAAUUCCUCUUGGGCGUGUGCUACUCUGUUGCCGCCCCAUUGAUACUGCCAUUCACGUCUGCAUUCUUCUUUGCGGCGUAUCUGGUGUACAAGUAUCAGCUUAUCUACGUCUACGAGACGCCUUUGGAAACGGGGGGAACGUGGUGGCCAAAAGUGUUCACACUAUUAUGCAUAUGUAUCGGCUCGUUCCAGCUCAUGACCCUCGGAGCAAUAUUGUUAAUUGCUACUGGGGUGAGCGCUGAAGGGAAUGGGAAACGACAAGCCAUCAUGCUUGUGGUCCUCAUGUGCCUGAAUGUGGUAUAUUGGUGGGCGUGUCGGAGAUGGUUGGCGCCUCAAGGCUUCAUGUCCAAAUCGGAUUUGGAACUCGUGGAAUCAGCAGGCAAAUGGAAUGACAACGAAGAGUUGGAAGAUCGUGUAUACAACCCUGCGUUGGUGAAACCGUUGUGGAGAGUAUGGGUAUGGAAGCAGGCUCGAGAGGUGCAGGACAAAUAUUAUACGCCAGAGUAUCAGGAUAUUGAAGAUUUCAUUCGGAAAACACGUCCAGUAUCAGUUGGUGGACGUGGAGAGGUUGGAAGCACGGACGAUUUCACAGAAGUAGCAGGCACAAUCCGUCGUAACGCAAAACGGGUACUAUCGUUUUAUCACCGCCAUCCGCUACAUAGCACGAGCCCCAAUGCUGAGGCACCGCCAGAAUUGGAGCACGUUGCACAGGAGGCAGGAGAAAGUCUCCCUAUUGUUGUCGCUGUCCCGGAUGACGAGCAAGAUCCAAACAUCACGGCAGGAAGCGGUCUUCCAACGUACUCUUCUUCUGCCACGCUACAUUCGCUAGAACGCCCUUAUGAACUUCAAGACUAUGCAUCUCAACGUGAAAUUCCAGUGGAUGUAAGGUCAUUUUCCUCAACGGAAAAUCUGAAUAGCAGUCAGAGGACGGGGAGUUAUAAAUACCGUUAGAGAUUAUGAACUUUUAUUUUAAUAGAUAGCAAGAAUAGGAAACGAAUUAAGUAAUAUUUAUGUGGGUUUGUGAUUAUGCAUUUCUAACUAAU